AUGUUAUGGUUAGAUUUGACUGCGGAACAAAUUCAUGCAAUACUGGGCAAUAUUGCAUGUGUUGAUGAUCUGAAAAAGAAUUUGCAAGAGGUUAUGGAUCUUUAUGAAAUGUAUCCCGAUUUAUCCUUAAAACAAUAUCAAAUUCUUUCCGAUCUUUUUGUUCAUACAAUCAUGUUUGCAAUAAGAAACAAAUUUACCCUAGAAAAGAUUUCAGCAAUAUUUACAAUCAUAAAGGAUAUUCAUAGGGAUACAUCAAAUAAUGACAUUACUCUUUAUGAUAGUUUUAUUCAUUUCAAACAAUUAAUGACAAAAUACAGUGUACAUAGACCCCCAUUCAGUGUUGAAGUGUUUCAUGUUGAUGAUGUAAAGAAGAUUUCAGAUUAUGUUUACAAUACUUUUUAUAGACAUUACAAAAUGUAUCAGUAUGUGUUUUGCCCAAAACAAAAUGCAACUUUGGAUAUUAUUCAACCUUUAUCGAAAUUACUGGUUAUGGAACAACCAUUUUCAAUGUUGCCACUUAAUAAAGCAAUCACAGAGGCUGAACAUUCAGAAAAGAAGAGAAUUGAACAUGAAGAGGAGGCAAAGAGAAUAGCCAUUAUCCAGCAACAACAGCAACAACAACAGCAACAAGAAUCACCUCCUCCAAAGAUUGAAGUACCAACUAAGGAAGAACAUCCAAAAAUUGAGGAGCCAAAGAAAUCUGUUCCUCACCCUCAAAUUCUCAAACAAUUGGAACCAAUCAAGAAGGAAAUUGAAGAAAUGUCACUCAAUAGAAUUGCAGAACUUGAAUCAAGAAUUGCAGAGUUGGAACAAAUGGUUGGAGACAAAAAGAAGCCAGCAAGUAGAGGCACAACAAAACGAUAA